GAGCGCGAGAGCGCGCGCGCGCAGUGCUUUGUGGGUAGCAGGCCUGAGCCUUUGAGCCCUGAGAAGGAGUCCCGGCCGCCGCCGCCGCCGCCACAGCCGCCUCCUCACCUUCGCCCGAGGGUCUUCCCACCCCGACGCCGCUGGUUUCUGGCCGAGCCCUUCGGAGAGACGGAGAGGAGGAAGAGGACACGCGCUGCCGCCGCCGCCAACGCCGUCCGCCAUGCAGCCUGCUUCUGCGAAGUGGUAUGACCGAAGGGACUACGUCUUUAUUGAAUUUUGUGUUGAAGACAGUAAAGAUGUUAAUGUAAAUUUUGAGAAAUCCAAACUUUCGUUCAGUUGUCUUGGAGGAAACGAUAACUUCAAGCAUUUAAAUGAAAUUGAUCUUUAUAAUUCAAUUGAUCCAAAUGAAUCCAAGCAUAAAAGAACAGACAGGUCUGUCUUAUGUUGUUUACGAAAAGGAGAAUCUGGCCAGUCAUGGCCACGAUUAACGAAAGAGAGGGCAAAGCUCAAUUGGCUCAGUGUGGACUUUAACAACUGGAAAGACUGGGAAGAUGAUUCUGAUGAAGAUUUGUCCAAUUUUGAUCGCUUUUCUGAAAUGAUGAACAACAUGGGUGGUGAUGAAGAUGUAGAUUUGCCAGAAGUAGAUGGAGCAGACGAUGAUUCACCAGACAGCGAUGAUGAAAAAAUGCCAGACCUGGAGUAAAGGGAACCUGCUAUCUUUUGGGGGUUUAGGGAAAGAACUUCAUCACAACAUUUCAUAAUUGAGAUAAGAAUUCCUGAGUUGAUAGCUCUAAAGGCAGAAAAUGCAUCCUUUUAACUCAUCUUCAACCUGUUUUAAGCAGCUUCAUUGAUGAUUGGUGCGUACCAUUGUUCAGGGCAGUCUUAAGCUACGUGAGGCAAUAAUGUUAUGCAUGAAAGGUUUUCCAGACUUCCAAAAACAAAAAAGCCACACACAAACAAUUGAGGUAUAGGCAAUCGAGAGAAAAAACAGUUGCAAUAAAAGGGUUUACAACGCCUCUUUGCCUCAUCAUCAAAUAUAACAAUGGGAAAACUCUCAAUUUACAUGAAGUGGUAAACAUGUACUUUCCCCCUCACAUUGUGGAAAGCAGGCAACUUAGAACGUUUCAGAUUUUACGCCUGGAACAGAACUGGCUGAAGCAAUGUUUUAAUUGGCUUUCCAAAUUUAAACUGGUAACAUGCUGUACCUCUUGGGGUGUCUUCAGGGUAUGUUCCACUAAUGUUUAAUGCUCUUCACUUUGUUGUAUUUAAUCACUAGUUAGUGUUCAAAAUAUCCUAGCUAAAACUAGCAGUCCCUUUAAAACUUAAAAUGGGUGAAGCCUGUACAUUUGGUUGUUUGAUCCUCAAAGCUCUUACAUCUCAGUAUGGAGGGGUUAGAGCCUGUACGUUGUUGCUUGUCAAUCUGUACAUUUAGACCAAAUUGUAUUUGCACUGUUGGUAUGAAAGCGAGUGACAAAAUGUUAAUACACUAUUGGAUCUUCUUUUGGGGUUUUAUUUUAUUUUUUUGACCAGUUUAUGAUAAGCCUAAAAACCUCAAUUUGUGUUCAAAGCAGUGGGGAUUUUUUAAUGUCUACAUUAUUUCUAAUAAACUGUUGAAGACUCCAUGGCUGUCAACUGUCUGGCUGGCUGUAACUUCAUGUAUUCUUACUAUUUGUUGGAAUGGAAUACUUAAUUUCUAGUUGGAAUAAAAGUGUGGGACUAUUUCAUCUGUUUGAAGGAGGAAAAUUGUAAUAUUCCCAGGCAAGUCUUUAAAAAAAAAAAGGAUCUGUAAGUUGUGGGUACACUGACAGUUUAAAAAAAAAUGUUGUGAUUUGACUAAAAUAAAAGCAAGUUUGUCCUCCUUUAAAAA